AGCUUUGAGCCAUAAAUAAGAGGCAGUUGCAGCCUCACACAGGCGUUCACACACAUUCCCAGAGCCCCUCACACCCCACAAGGACGCCUGGGCGCUUCCCACUGCUCCCUCCCACUGCCAGCCAAGUGUCAGCCUCGCAAGACUCCAGCACACCCCCAGGGAUUCACCCGUGCUCACGCUCAGCUCACUGUCUCUCUGCCUCUGUCCGCCCUCCAUGGCAUUCCGAGCUGGAACACUACUGACCCUCAGCCUGCUGGCUCUCUGCACCUCCCCUGGGGUCUGUGGCUACCCCUCCCUCAGGAGCCUGUUUCCUGCUGCCUCUGUUUCCCAGACUGGAGAGAACACUCUGGGUGGUGCCAACGAUGCGGAAGACUGCUGCCUGUCUGUAACUCAGCGCCCCAUCCCAGGGAAUAUCAUCAGAGCCUUUCGCUACCUCCUCAUCAAGGAUGGCUGCAGAGUGCCUGCUGUUGUGUUCACCACACUGAGGGGUCACCAGCUCUGUGCUCCCCCAGACCAGCCCUGGGUGGACCGCAUCAUCCGGAGACUGCAGAAGAACUCUGCAAAGAAGAAGCGCCACGGCAGUUAGCCCCUGACAGCCCCAGAGAGAACCCUGUGUCUGAGUGAAGGAAUGUGAUUCACUGCAGUCUUGAGGAACCAAGGAUCAGAAGGGAGGACAAGGCUUCCAGCAGCUCUGCACCAGACCUGACCCAGCAGGUUCAGGACCUGGAGUGUCAAUGGGAGUGUGAGUGUGAGCAGGGGUGAGUGUGGCAGGAGCGCAUCUUCUCCUCCACACCCAGACCGCAAUGCUUCCAAUAAAGCCCAGCUGGUACCCACGGA